AUGUGUUUUCAAACCAAACAAUUCAGGUAUGACUUCAAUCUUCGCACAGGAGCACAUAGUACAGAAUUCUAUCCAUCGAUUACAGUACCUCUUUUCACUGGAUGCUAUAACACACUGAAUCAGGGAAAAUCUGAACGGCUGUUCCAGUUAAUGAAGGCGAGUUUGCCGCGGAGGAUCAUGACCACAUAUUCACAGUUUUCCCCUUUUCCACUCAACUUGGGAGUAUUGAAAUAUCCGGGCGGUGUUCCUACCUCGAUGGUUCCGGAUAGCAAGGAGCAAUGGGAUUUCCCUAAUGGUUUCAGCCCUUUGAAUCAUAUGAUCGUCGAAGGAUUAAGGAAAAGUCAAAAUGCCCAGAUGCAGGAUGCGGUAGGGAUUUCUCAUAAUAGCCGAAAUUGUUAG